AUGGCAUUCCGAGCAGUUGGACAGAGUGUACUGAAGAAAAGUCCCAAUGAUGUGGUGUUCCUCUCGGCUGUGCGAAGCCCGAUCACCAAGGCUUUCAAAGGUGGGUUCAAGGAUGCUUGGCCAGAGGAUAUUCUAAGACCUGUCAUGCGGGAGGCUACACGUAGGGCCAAUAUUCAACCUGGCGACGUCCAAGAUGUUCUGAUCGGCAAUGUCCUCGCCGAGCUCGGAUUCUCUAAGACAGGCAGAAUGGCGCUGAACGAUUGCGGCUUCCCUGUUUCGACAACCUUCCACACCGUUAACAGACAAUGUUCUAGCAGCCUGCAAGCCAUAACACACCAGGCUCAUGCUAUCCUGGCGGGCCAAAUCGAUGUCGCUUUAGCCGGUGGUGUCGAGAGCAUGUCGAAGAACUACGCGUCCCGCGGCCGUCCGACCGAUGUUUCACCUUCACUUCAAGCUUCGACCGUCAAACAUGCGACCGACUGCCUGCUUCCUAUGGGUAUCACGUCGGAAAAUGUUGCUCGGCGAUACGUUGUUUCACGUCAGGACCAGGACGACUAUGCCUUUCUGAGCCACCAGAGGGCAGAGGCUGCACAGGCCGCGGGAAAGUUUGACUCCGAGAUCGUGCCUGUCACGUAUAGCUCGCCAGUCGAAAUUGAUGGGACGAAGCAGACAACAAAGUUUACAAUCUCGCGGGAUGAUACCAUCAGGCCUGGCGUCAAGAGAGAGAAGCUUGGGACGCUGAAACCGGCCUUUGCCGAAGAUGGUGCCAGCACCGCGGGCAACUCGUCGCAAAUCUCAGAUGGUGCAUCAUCAGUAAUUCUCGCGCGGCGAUCGUGGGCCGAUUCCCGGGGGCUGCGACCCAUCGGUCGCUUUGCAGGGACGCAAGUGCUGGGAUGCGAGCCGGACGAGAUGGGCGUUGGACCAGCACUCGCCAUACCAGCGUUGCUCAGGUACGCCGGAGUCGAAUUGAGGGACAUCGACGUGCUUGAAAUCAAUGAAGCUUUCGCAAGCCAAGUUCUUCAUGUUCUUCGAACCCUGUCGCUUGACGUCGACAAGGUCAACCCUAAUGGAGGCGCUAUUGCGCUUGGGCAUCCUACAGCGGCUACAGGAGCGAGACAGGCGGCUACAUUGCUAGCUGAGCUGAAACGAUCCGAUCGCGAACUGGGGAUCGUCAGCAUGUGCACAAGUGAUGUCCUUAAGCGGCAUAUCAGGGGCCACCUAGCCCAGAAGGAGGGCCAAAAUGGCAAAGAAAGCAGAGAGCCCCGGAGCAGUCGACAAGCCGAUGAUGAGUCGGGAUCUGGUGUCUCCCCGAGGUCAUCGGGGGACGCCGAGAACACGGCCGACACGGGGAAGCUCUCUGCCGCUCGGCCGGAACAGGGCGAUGAUGACAACCUCACCAUUACAGUGGCCCACGUGCAAAACCCGGAAUUCGAUUUUGUGACUUCGGUCGCGGUCAUUGAUCCACCCACAGAGAGUAACGACGACUUCGACGGUAACGAGCUUUUGGCAUCAGUUCCGACACAACCGACGCAUACCAACAGCACCGACAGGCCAAACCCAACGGAUGCAACUUUGUUUGAAGGAAACAGUCUGUUCUCGCCUUCUGUAGGAGAUGCAGGCCGCACUCCACGGGAAAUGCUCACUGCAGCCAUGGCCUCGCAACAACCAUUGGAAAGCGACCUCUCGGUCAUUCUCGGAUUCGCGCCCCGGGCGGCCUUUGGCGCCUUGGGUCAUAACCGGGCUUUAGAUUCCGAUAAUCUCGGUUGGCUUUCCACAUUUGACGCCGCCAUUCCUUCUCCGCCAAAUAGCACGAAUCCGUGGGAUGCCUUCCUCAUCUCCUUGGGUUCGCCCCUAAUAAGAGACUUUCAGGGGAACUCGGCCCGCAAACAUAGCUUCGGCUCCGAUAUACCGGACGAGCGGUUCGCGAAAGUGGCCAGGCUGUGGCCAAAAAGAAGGGAGCGGCCGUGGUAUAUGAUACAGACGCUUUGGCAUGACGCCGCCAAUCAUGAAGGCACCAACCUCUUCUCUGAAUCUCCACCAGGUGAAAGGGAUGAAAACUCCCCAUCCAUGCGGACAAACGGCCCUCAGAGAGGUCUGGACGACGACAGGCGUCUGUCACUAAUCAGAGACCUAUCACUGCCUCGAUUUGGCGGAGAUGAUAACGACCAGAGCCUUCAGAUUAAAUCUGGCCUUCCGACGGCAGACACCUUUGCCGUAUGCAUCGAUCUCUACUUCCAGCGAUUUCACCCAUUGUUCCCAUUUAUCCACGAACCCACGUUUUCGGCCAGGCGCACACCAAACAUUAUUCUCCUCCCAAUAUGUCUGAUUGGCCUCCAUCUACUGGAUCCGGAUAAGACGAGGUCUUUUGUCAUAACUCAGGUUCUAAGAGGAAUUGAGAGGUGUACGGCCGCACUAGCAAGGCCAUGGAAACGAAAUGAUUCCAUGUCUCUAGUUACCGUUCUCGGCUCUGCAAUUCUGUAUCUCAAUUUUGCGUCAAUCCUAGAAGAAGUUGCGCAUUCGGAACUCACGCACGCACUUUACGCCAAAGCCCUGACUGUUGCCCAACAGAGCGGCCUUUUCGAGGGCCACAAGGCAACACUCCCAACGACGCUGUCCGCCAGCGUGAUGGGCAUGUACACAUUACUAUCAGCCACAUGGCUCUACAUCGCUGACGUCCGCUACCGUACUCUGCCUUCUAGCACCGAUCCGCUCAGGAACAGCCUGUACCCUGGAGACAUAUUCCAGGAAAGCUCGACGGGAGCCGCUAUAGCACCUCUCCUCCGGGAGAUCUACGCUUCAGACCACGAUGGUCUGCUUGCCAGCGACCCCAACGCCAUGGCCUUCUGGAACAACAUGUGCGUCAACCUGACGGCCAAUCUCGACCUGUUCGAGGUCGCGGCUGGGCGUGAGGGCAUGGAAGCAGGCAAGACGGCGCUCGAGAAGAUUUUCGUCUGGGCGCAGACCGCGCAUGCGAGGCGUGCUUGUCUCCAUGCCGCCCAGGUCUAUGUCUGCAUGGCGAAGAGGAAAAUAUCAGACGGCACCAUGUUCAUGUCGGAGAUUGCAUUGUUCAACGCUGCGCUCGUGCUGGGACUGUACGUGUAUGCGGCGCCGGACACGCUCGAGACUGGCACAGAGGCAUCGCUGGAACUACUUGACGAGGUGGAUUGGAAUCAGAUUGGGGAUGAAGGACUCCCCGGAUGGAACAUGGAGCAGAGCGAUUGCAGUUAUGCGGCAAGGAGGUUCAUCAGCGAAGGAGGCGCCAUUUCGUUCAAUCGGAAGUCGGGAGGUGGAAUUGGCGACGAUUUCGUCACAUAUUACGAGUGA